ACCCCAAAAUAUUACUUGUAAUUUUUUAUUUUUUUUACAUCUUUCUAAGAUGUAACUCGUCAAAGUAGAGCCCGUAGGGCUAAAAUUUUGUCCGUUUGGCUCUAUCUCUAACCGUUUAGUCGCCAGAGGGCGAUUUUAACACGAAAAUGACCCCAAACCAUUUUAAUGUUGUUUCUCAGAUAUUUGAUGGACUCUGGUGGGGCAACUCGUCAAAAUAAAAUCCUGGGGGUAAAAUUUGUGUCCUUUGGUGCCGAAGGCCUAUCUGCGACUCUGCCUUUUGCCCGACUCGGGUGUCAGCGCCGCAGGCCUAGGUAGAUGUAUGCCAGGCGCGUCGCAGCGUAACAGUGUUUCGUGAGAUAUCGCGAAGCCUGUUACGCGAGACGUGGUCUGGCGUACAUCUACCUAGUUAAUUGAAACUUACAAAAUAUAUCUAAUAUGUUUAUAUUUUUUUCCAGGUUAAUAUUCGCCAUGAUGUCACGAUUCCCUCUCAUAUCCACUCAACGGCUACCCAGUGCGAAAUGAAUUUUAAGCGAUAUCGAAUCGAUAUCAGAACGAUAUCGUUUUCAAGUUUCUGACUCAGAACUGAUUCAAAAAUGGGCCCGAAAUCGACACUUUUCUGAUGUCCGAUAUCGUUUUGAUGUCAAUUUGAUAUCCGCAUUUCUCACUGGGUAUGGCCGUUGGUUCACCAUCAAGAAUGACCACAAUGCUGCUCCAGGCAGCGUAUACGUCAGAUAGGCAUUUGAUUGGGAAGUCAUAUGCUGGUCAGAAAAAAACCAUUCAUAAUAAAGUUUAUCAAAAACCCGGGAUUAAACGUAGGAGGAAGGUUGUAGCUAUUCAAGCCCUUGUCUUUAAGAAACAUCCAACCUAUACUCAAAGUGCCUUUGGACAAGUCAUCAACAAUUACAUUGCUAAACUCAGCAGCCUGCCUGCCCAUCCAAAUAAAGUAAGUUUCCACUAUCUAUCAGUACAGUGAGGCUUUUGUUUCAACAGUUGUCAUUUCUCACAUUAAUUUGGUUUUCUGUCACAGGAACAGCAACUGGAAGACGAUACUGAUAGAGAGAUGUAAAUAGAAG